AUAUAAUUAGCUGUGACUUGCCCCUUUCACUAGACUGGGCAUCAUCAGGACAGAAAUGUUUCCUCAGUGUGCCGAGCACUGCAGCAGACCCCCCUGGAAGCUUGUGAUCUGCCUUGUAGCCACCUCUUUUGAAGGUGCCCCUUGAAGGACCAGUCAUUGAUGCAGAAGCCAUUGGAUGAGGACACCCCAGCUGAAGAGAGGCACCAGAGCCAGAUGAUGGCUGUGGCCCUGGAAUCCGAAGUUCAGGCCUCACUCCCACCAGAGCCCGAAGACUUCCUGAUUGUGAAACUGGAGAAGGACUCAUUGGGAUCAGAAUCCCAACCCCAGGGGAAGGACUGCAACCCUGUCCCUGGCCCUGAGGUGUCCCGCCGGCGCUUCAGGCAGUUCCAGUACAGGGAUGCAGGGGGACCCCAUGAGGCUUUCAGCCAGCUUUGGGCUCUGUGCUGUGGCUGGCUGAGGCCUGAGAUCCGCCUCAAAGAGCAGAUCCUGGAGCUCCUGGUGCUGGAGCAGUUCCUGACCAUCUUACCCCGGGAGGUGCGCUCCUGGGUGCAGGCGCACCAUCCUGAGAGCGGGGAAGAGGCUGUGGCCCUGGUGGAGGAUUGGCACCGAGAGGCUCAAGCUGCUGGACUGCAGGAACUGGAAUUGUGUGCAGAAGCCAACAGGUCCUUAAAAGCAGUGCAGGAAUCUCAGCGCUUCCAGCUGCAGCUGGCGGGUCACUGGCCUGAGGGACAGUCCCAGAAAGAGUGGAUGAAGAAUAAGUGCCCUGACCUUCGCAAGCAUCUGAGCACCAAGAUGGCACCAUGGCCCCUGAAAGAGAGUGCUGUCCUCACUCACCGAGUUCCUGUUGUCCCAAAGAUGGAGAACAUUGCAGACUGGGAGGUGACCGCUGAGACUCAAGAAGCCUCGAGUCCUGGUAGACAUGCUGAGAAGGAGUUUUACAAGGACCCCCCAAGAAAUGACUGUGGGAGCAGCUUGUGCCUGGGCAUUUCAGUUUCAAAGCCAGCUGUCACCUCGCAGCAGGAGCAAGGACCAGCAUUUUUGGAUCUGAGCCUUAUAAAUUUUGGGAAAGGGAACAUUGCAGAUUUUAGCCUGGACUGUGAGCAAACGAAAUCAACACAAGCAUUGGCCUGGAAGGACGCCAGGGCCUGGGAAGAUCAAUGCCAAUUGGAUGUGGAGGACAUGAAGGUGUCAGGGGUUCACUGGGGCUAUGAAGAGACCAAAACAUUCCUAGCCAUUUUAAGUGAGUCUCCUUUUUCUGAAAAGCUCCGGACUUGUCACCAGAACCGCCAGGUUUACCGGGCUAUUGCGGAGAGGCUGAGGGCACGGGGCUUCCUGCGAACACUGGAGCAGUGUCGCUACAGGGUCAAAAACCUCCUACGGAACUACCGGAAAGCCAAGAGCAGCCGCCCCCCAGGGACCUGCCCCUUCUACGAGGAGCUGGAGGCUCUGGUGAGCGCUCGGACAGCCAUGCGAGCCACCAGUGGCCCAGGAGAGGCCAUGGCUUUCCCCAGGCUGGCUGACAGUGAUGCUGAGAUGGAUGAGCAAGAAGAAGGGUGCUGGGAGCCUGAGGAAGCAGCGGAAGAUGGUGACAGUUCUGGCCUGGCCACUGAUGAGCCUAUUCAGGGGCCCAGGAUUGCAGGAAGCCCACCUCUGCUCCAGAGCCGUGUUGCAGGUGUUCACUGGAGCUUUGAGGAGACCAAGGCCUUCCUGGCAAUUCUCAGUGAGUCCCCAUUUUCUGAAAAGCUUCGUACCUGUCACCAGAACAGCCAGGUAUACCGGGCCAUCGCAGAGCGGCUGUGUGCACUGGGUUUCUUGCGGACACUGGAACAGUGUCGCUACCGGUUUAAAAACCUCCUUCGAAGCUAUAGGAAAGCCAAGAGCAGCCACCCACCAGGAACCUGCCCCUUUUAUGAGGAGCUGGACUCACUGAUGAGGGCUCGGACCAUAGUCAGGGCCAUGGAGACUGUCAGGGAGGCCACAGGUUUUCCUGGAUCUGGGCAGAGCACUACUGAGGUUGAUGACCAGGAGGCCUGGGGUGAGAGGACAGAUGAAGAUGCCAGGAAACAUCCAGCCCCGUCUCCCCAAACUCCAGAGACAGGUUUUGAGUUGAAGCCUGAGGAUGAGGAUCACAGUUCAGAACGAGGCAUUUUGAAGAAUGUGCCUGGAGCCUUAUCAAAAUCUACUACAAGAGGUGUUUGCCAGCCUCAUGACUUGGAGGAAAGCAGUGAAAAUGAAAAUGAAGAGGAGUGGAGAAAUACUCCACAGAAACCAUGGGAAGAAUGUUCCUCUGAGGAGGACUUAGAAAAACUCAUUGACCAUCAAGGUUUGUAUCUUCCAGAGAAGGCCUACCAAUGUGACGCAUAUGUGAAAAGCUUCAGUCGGAGUUCCCACUUCAUUGCCCACCAGCGAACCCACAAUGGGGAGAAGCCCUACACAUGCCUUGACUGUGGGAAAAGCUUUAGUGACCGCUCCAACCUCACUACCCACCAGAGAAUCCACACUGGAGACAAGCCCUACAAAUGUCUUGAAUGUGGGAAAAGCUUUAGUGACCAGUCUAACCUCAUCACGCACCAGAGAAUCCACCCAGGAGAAAAGCCCUAUCACUGUGGGGUGUGUUGGAAAAGCUUCAACCAGAGCUCGAACCUACUGAAACAUCAGAAGAUCCACUUUGGAGGAAAUCCUGACAGGUAUAGUGAUCCUGGGGAGAGUGUUGGCCAAAGCCCACCUUUCAGUGCUCCUUGGAGGCAUUCUGUAGAGGAGACAUCUGAACAGCCUCACAGCUUGUGCUCUCUAGAACCCCAAAGCACUGACUCGGGGGAGAAACUGUACCAGUGCUCUGAAUGUGGACGGUGCUUCUCCAAGAGCUCUGCCCUCAUUAGUCACCAAAGGAUUCAUACAGGCGAGAAACCCUAUGAGUGUGCUGAGUGUGGGAAAAGCUUCAGUAAGAGCUCCACCCUGGCUAACCACCAGCGAACCCACACUGGAGAGAAGCCAUAUAUGUGUGUGGACUGUGGGAAAAGCUUCAGUGAGCGUUCCAAGCUCAUCACGCACCAGAGAGUACACACAGGAGAGAAGCCCUACAAAUGUCUCGAGUGUGGAAAAUUUUUCCGUGACCGUUCUAACCUCAUCACUCACCAGAGGAUUCAUACUGGAGAAAAGCCGUAUAAGUGCAGAGAGUGUGGGAAACGCUUUAACCAGAGCUCUAGUCUUAUUAUUCACCAGAGAAUUCACACUGGGGAGAAGCCCUACAAGUGCACAGAAUGUGGCAAAGACUUCAACAAUAGCUCCCAUUUUAGUGCCCACCGGAGAACCCAUGUGGGAGGAAAAGCAUCAUAGGAGAUCGCGUCCCAUGACAAAAGAGCAAUACAUGUUUCUAAAACAUAUACUAGAAAGGACACUUCUAAUUUUUAAGCUUGGUGCCUACCUAGGAAUGUUGUUUUGGUAAUAAUCCAGGUAAUUUGGAGGUGAAUUACAAAUAGGAUUAAGAUUUGAGGGCACGUUU